CUCAUCUACCAACAGGGCUGCGAAAUCUUCCCCACUGUGCUGAGGUCCACUGGACUUGGCUUCAUGUCUCUAGUGGGGGCUGCUGUCAACACUGGGGUGCCACAACUGGUAUUUCUGGGAGAAGUGUACCACUACUCAAUCCCCUAUGUCACAUUUGGCAUCAUGUCUAUGGUGGGGGUGGUGUUUGCAGCCUUCUUGCCAGAGACACUCAACAAAGACUUACCAGAGACUGUGGAGGACUCUGAGACAUUUGGACUGGACCAGACCUUCUGGAGCUGGAAUUUAAGUCCCAAGCCUGGAGAGGGCCCCAAAGCAGAAGCCACACAAGAAAGCAGUGAGGGUGACCUUGCAUCAGCAACAGAGACCUACUUGGCCAAACAGGCACCCAAUGGUGUACAAAGGGUGUCUCUCAAGAACCCCAGUCUGGGGUUCUCAGGCUUGUUUUUACUGUUGAUUGACUUCCUUAUGUAUCCUGGGUUUGAUAGAAUGAAGCAUGUGCCUCCAAUGGCAAUCUGCUUGGCCAUCUUCAUGACCCUGCUGCACUGGAGGGCCAUCUACCCAGGCUAUGAGGACCCCUGGGACAUGUGUGUGAGUGCAGAAAGAGUCUUGGAUGAUGGGGAUGUGGCUUGUCUGUUUCUCAGCAGCUUUGAACAUGCUGGCUUCCUCCAUCUUUUUUGCAACAUGGUGUCUUUUGUGUGGACUGCAGCAUGUCUGGAGCACUCUCUGCAUCCACUCUACUUUCUCUACUUGCUUGUGUCACUGGCCUGGAUCUGCAACCUAGUUGAGAUUGGCAUGGCUGAGUUCACAAGCAACUACUUACAUGAUGAAAUGGCCAGAUAUGCCUAUGUGCUGUUUGCCCUCAAGAUCCUGUUGGUGUGCAGUCCAGCCACCCAUGACAAGUGGAGGGAAGGGGUGCUACUCAAACACUUGCCUUAUCCAUCCCUGAGUCUGGUCACCCUGGAGUUUGCCCUGCUCCACCUGUUUGUGCCUGAAGCCUCUUUGCAGAGCCACUUGGCAGGUGUCAUUGUGGGCAUGUUGUAUGUGGCUGGGCCACUGAGCAUCCCACUCAAUGCCAUCUGGACCUGGGCCACACUGGGCUGGGGCUGCUGCUGUGGCCAGAUGGACCAGCCCCUGUUUCGAAUGCUUGGCAUGCAAGUGGAUGAGUCUGGAGAUGUGGUGAAGGCUGGAGCAAUAACAGCAGACAAGCACCAUCAGCAGCAGCAGCAGACAAAAGGCAACAAGGUUUCCACUUUCAGGAUCAUCAGGAAGUACUUGGCAGGAGCUGGAGAAGAAACGGAAGCUGAGGAUGACUCCUUAUCCUCCACUGAGGAUGAUUUUUCAGCCUCAGAAGCAAAAGAAAAACACAAGCUUGGCACCCAUAGUAAGCAGCAGUGCCAUAACAAUAAGAGGCUCAAGUCUGCUCUCAGAAGAAGAGGGCAAAGUAGUGUUGUCAAGAAAGUGAGGAUCGUUGAUCCCCCUUCAACCAAAGAAGCUGGUGGCAAAAAGGAUCUGUCUAGUGGUAGAGUGGUUCAUCCGCCGCCUGCGCCAAAAUUCCCUCCACCUGUCACUUACUCCACCACAACCAGCAGCAUCAGGGCUGGCAUCACUCAGCCCUAUCUACCAGUCCAGGAAUUCAGGUCAAAUUUCAGCCAUGAAGGACAUUUUGAAGGCAGUAUGCCAGCUCCAGAGCCAUUUCCAAGAAAGGAGAAGAAGUUGAGGCUCAGCUCCAGGGGACUUUUCAGCAUGAGAAGACCCAGGAGCCUGAAUGACUCCCUCAAGUUGGUCAAAAGCAUGCUGCACACAGGAGUUUGACAGAACAUCAAUUCUGUGAUUUACAACUAUUUUUUUUUUCUUCUUCAUUUGAUGAAGAAAAUGCAAAAACAAUAUCCUCAGCAA